GAUGGGAAUGGAAGGUUUGCCGAGGACACAUACGUAAUUUAACCUUAUUCUUGUUUUCCUCUUCUCAGAAAAGAUCGAUCGCUCUCCUUCCCUUCCCCCGUCAACUCCCUUUCUCCGUCUUCCUCUAUCUUUCUCCCUCUCCCUCUCUCUGCUCCCCCUCCCCAUCUUUGUGUUUUACUGUGUGGAUAAAGGACAUUUCAGGACACUGGUUUGUGGAUACUGAUAACAGAGUUUGCAGAGUGGUGGUCAUGUCUACUAUUACUCACAGUGAUGAUGAUGUGACACAGUCAGUUCAUUUGCUGCAUCGGCGAUCUGCAGCUAAAUGUUACAUUGACUUAUUUUAUUAUAAUGGAGAUUAAAUUGACCGAACUGAACGUAAAUGUUUUAAGUAAGUCAGGGUUACUUUACUGCUGACAGUUUCAUAUAUACAGUAGAUACCAUGAGGCAGCAGGUUCAAAUCCCGGCCUGUCUUUUUUGUGCCCCGCUGCCCCCAGUGAUGUAUUCAAUUCAAGUUUCAAGUUUCAGCUUAUUGUGGGUCAGAACAGCUGUGGGUUUAGUUGAAGAUGUGGCCCACAGUCUGGACCACAGUAACAGCCAGAUAGAAACCCAUAGUUGUUGGCGAUGUGAAGUAGUGUGUGUGACUUUGUUGACCAGACUGUGGUGUAAACACUGUGAGUCUACACUUUUACCUCAGAACAGUAUGAGACACAACUUAAACAUCUCAGUCGAACUGGCAACCCUGCAUGUGGCAGCUCAGAUAAGGGUUUCUGGUACAAAUGUACUUGACCCCCCACCCCUCCCACCAACCCCCGCUCGAAGUACACAAGGUCCAACUAAUGUCUAUUACUCUAUGUUCCCUCUUGUGAGAAGAACGGUCAAUCAAACUCAUCCUAGUUGUUACACAACAUCCCAUCAUCAUCUGAACACUGAGAAGCUGUUGCCACUGAUGGUGUGUUUAACCAGGGAGGGAGGAAGGGAGGGAAAGACAAAGAGAGGAGUUGAGGAGAGCAGAGCAAGGAGUGAGGAGGUUCUCCUGAGUUGAACUUGAGUGGCCACACACACACACACACACAAAGUCAAACAAGGCCACUGUGUUCACAGUCUGUUACUCAGAUGAAGGAUCACAAACACAUACAUUCAGAAAGCUUGUGAAAAAAAAACACAGAAUGUGUUUCCUUCAGGAUAAAGUAUAAUGUUUCUUUGAAAUGGUCAACAACACCUCCUCCAAUAAUCUAAAGAGUGGAAAAGAAACAUCCAGUAGGUGGGAGUGUGCAUAAAUUUCGCAGAGAUGUUGUUAAAAGCCUAUGAAGAAAAACAUGGCCAGACCUUAACAAGACUGUGAAGACGGAGGAAUGUUACAGUGAUGUUACAUCACUACUGAUCUUUUACACCUUGACCAUUAUCUCGCUGUUAUGAAGACGUGACUACAAUUACACUGGAAAUAGAAGGCUGUGACCAGACCCUGUGGACUGCAGCGUUCAGUCAGUUUAGAUCAGGGGUCUCCAACCACUGGACCGGGGACCAAUACCAGACCGUGGCCUGCAUGCUCUUCCAGCUGAACCCUGGGGCAGUGACACAGUUUCCUUUUCUCGGAAUUCCACCCCUGACCUGGAUAUUUUCCCGUCCGCAUGCACCACUAUGUCACAGCUGGCAUGUUCAAAUACAUCUGUCAAGGUCAUGGUAACAGCUGGCUGUCAGCUACAAGGAGGAGGAGGAGGACGAGGAGGAGGGAGGCAGGCAGGGAGGGUCAGCCGGGGUGAGGAUCCGACCCGGGCUGAACUAAACAGCCGCUGAUCGGGAGAAGGAAACAGCAGCGAGAUGCUGAGCUUCUGAGGAGCAAAGACAUGCAGCUCCAGAGUGACGAACUAUUCCUGUCCACAAUGGCCGCCUGCUGACUGAAUUAUUUUCUUCCUGAUGUAAGUGAACAUGGCGGCUCAGAGUGUCGGCACCAUCAUCAAGGACCUGUCACUGCCGUCAGUAGGACGUGUGGAGACACCUAGAAACUUGGAGUCCAGGCCUGUAGUUGGAGCUGGACCCUUCUCUGAUGAAGCCACUUCCAUCCUGUCCUCCACCAGCCAACUGGCCAGAACUCUUCUGGGCCACAGUUUUGUUCUUCAACGCCGAGACAAACCCUCCAACUCUGAGGCGAAGUCGGGGAGAAGCGCUGAUGAAGAAAGCAGCAGCAACAUCUCAUCCCGCAAACGUGAGUUUAUGCCCAUUGAGAAGAAGGACGAAUGCUACUGGGACAAGAGGAGAAAAAACAACGAGGCAGCAAAGAGGUCCAGAGAGAGGAGACGAGCCAAUGACAUGGUCCUGGAGGGGAGGGUUCUGAGUCUGCUGGAGGAAAAUGCCCGUCUGAGGGCUGAGUUGCUGGCCCUCAAGCUGCGCUAUGGUCUGGUCAAAGACUCUUCAAACGUGAGCAUCCUGCCCCUCUCUGUGCCCCCUGGUGCUCUCUAUCCAACCCACAAUGAUGGACCCUCGUUCCUGAACACACCACAGAAGAACACUGCCCAACAAGUCCACCUCCAUUAUCCACACCAGGCUCUACCAUCAUUCAUCUAUGGGGUGAGAGCAGCUCCCCCUGUGGUGAGUCACAGUGUUUCUGAAGAGUCGUGUGUUUCUACCUCCUGUAGUUCAAACUUGGGGAGCCCUGUUUUUUUUGAGGACACAUCCAGUGAACUUGGGCCUUCACCUGGAGAACUGGUGGAAGAACAAGUGGGCAAUCAGUCCCACAUGUGUCUUCUAGAGUUCAACGAGGCUCAGUGCAUCACCAAACAUCAGACCCGCGAGGGUCUGAGGAACUUACCCCACAAACUCCGCUUCAAAGGCCCCAGCAGCUGCUCUGACGGAGGAGAAACUCCUCCCACAUCUGCUGACAGACACAGUGAGCCGCCUGUAGCAACUGUGAUGCCAAAUAUACAGAUGAGGGACCACCAGCAGGCGGGGUGGUCCACAGAGGGUGCCGAUGCUGGAGUCAUGCAGCAGUACCAAGUUCUGUCUUCUGACGAUUGUAACUCCAGAGACGGGAGGUAUAGAACAGAGGACAUGAGUCUGAGGUCACAGGUCAGCUGUUUGUCUCAGGAAGUGGCUCAGCUGAAGAGACUCUUCUCCCAGCAGCUGUUCUCCAAAGCUGUUCAUUAUGGACAUUUUCAAAGACUGGGUCGGGAGCCAAAGAGUUUAUGACUGGGUUAGAAAUCAUAUGUGUGUAUUUGUAAUCAGAACAUCACAGUCUUUUACCACAAUUUUUAUGUGUACGUUUACACUUAAAACAGAAAAUUAAAGAAAAUUAAAGUAAACUGAGAUUAAGCUAGUUUUAGAAAGAAAACUAUUAAACAAACGGUCCAAAAAAAAUUUAAAAAGUGAUUGGAAAUGAAUAAUUAGUUCCCAAAAUGUUCAAAGGUGUAUAUUUCUGUAUAUCUUUGGAUGUCACAAAUUGACCAAGACACACUGUUGUAUGACAUUUGUGAAAAACUGUUCCAAAAUGCAAAUGUGUAUAUUUGUGCCAGAAAAAAUAAUUACAAAAAAUGAAUG